AUGACAUAUGAGAUCCUUUUUGAUCUGCUCUUCACACCCAGAGAAGACAUACCCAAUUACAAGUGUGAUAGUAAAAAUGUAGUGUCUGUAAUUGGGGGAUUUAAUGUGGAAAAUGCCAUCCAAAUAGCUGCUAUAUUAAAGAACUACAAGAUUCCACAGAUGCAUUGGAAAAUCAAUAAAAGGAAGGGUAAUCAAACAGAUUCCAUGCUAUUUAUUCUCUUGGACUUUAACAGUGAAAAUCUCCAGACUUUCCUUUCUAUACUGUUCCUACCUAUUUACAUCGUGACCAUGGAUGGCAACAUCCUCAUUGUCCUUCUAGUGGUGUUUGAUCAGCAUCUGCAUACCCCCAUGUAUUUCUUCCUGGGAAACCUGUCCUGCCUGGAGACUUGCUACAGCUCCACCAUCAUGCCAAGGAUGUUGGUCCGCUUUAUGAGUGGGGACAGAACAAUCUCCAUUGGGGGAUGCUUUGCACAGCUAUAUUUCUUUGGGUUUCUUGCAGCCACAGAAUGCUACUUCUUAGCUGUCAUGUCUUAUGAUCGUUAUUUAGCAAUAUGCAAACCACUGCACUAUGCAAUGCUGAUGAAUGGGAGAAUUUGCAUCCUGCUGAUUGCUGGAUCAUGGAUCAGUGGAUCACUGGGCAUCAGUCUCAUAAUAUUCUUGGUAUCACAGCUAAGUUUCUGUGGGCCCAACAACAUCAAUCACUUUUUCUGUGAUUUAGCUCCAGUGAUUAGGCUCUCAUGUGAUGAUACGCACAUGGUUGAGGUGACUGCCUUUGUGAUCUCCUCUAUAGGCACACUGCCUCCACUUAUAAUCACUCUGGCAUCUUAUGUUUGCAUCAUCAAGAGCAUUUUAAGAAUCCCCUCCACUGCAGGCAAACAAAAGGCUUUCUCUACCUGCUCCUCUCACCUGACUGUGGUUGCUUGUUGCUAUGGCUCUUUGAUGAUAGUCUACGUUUUACCAAACAUGAGUUCACUGAGUGGCUUGAAGAAACUGUUCUCUCUUUUCUACACGCUACUCACCCCACUGGUUAAUCCCCUCAUAUAUAGCUUGAGAAACAAAGAAGUAAGGGAAGCACUGAAAAGAACCUUCACAAUGUUUCAUAAAAGUCACUAA